CAAUAUUUUUCUAAACAUGACAGUAAUUAUUCAUAUUUUAAGAACAAAAAAUAUAACAGUCCUAUUUUGGAAUUUUGAAACUAUUUUGAAACUGGACUAAAAAUUGAACGGAAGGACAAAUUUGCCCCUUGUUUAAAAAACACCCGCAGUCCUCCUAGUUCAUCGCCUAUUUUACUGUUCACACUUUGGCACCCAUCAAAUGCUCGCAGCCAUUCAUCUGUCCGGUAACAACCCAUCGGUCCGUUCAAUUCUGAUCUGCUGCUGCAGGUUGUCUCCGGAGUAGUAGCCGGCGCGAGAAAAUGACUGACCAAGUGGUCGACGACGGAGCCAUCCUCUUUCGCUUCAAUUUACCGUUCACAGUCCUCUUUCGAUUUUAGCCGAAACUUCUAUUUCUAUCUCUUCUUCCUCCUUCUAAUCCUCAUCCCCUAUUGUUUCAUUUAUCGAGUUGCUUUGUCCUGCCAUAGUCUAUCUUCGUACGUAGUGCAGCUUUACUUUUCAAUUUCUUCGUACGUAGUAGUCAAAUUUUUCUAACACAUUUCUAACAUUUCUUCCUCCUUAAGACAUUGUUUAUUGUAAGCCAUUUUGGAAAACUUUUUUCUAUUAAACUGUUUUUACAUAGGAUUGCUUUCUCUAACAUUUCUUUUUCUCUUUCUCCCAUCCAAAUUUAAUAAAAAUCUAAAUCUUUACGAAACAAAUUUUUUAACACUAUCACAAAAUUACAAUUCAAUACCUAACAAAUUUUAACUAAAAAGGGUAAAAUACAUUGCAGUUCCAAUAUGUCAUAGAACCGUGAUUAAUAAAAAAUUAAAGAGAAAUGGUCUUCAAUAGGACUAAAAAACUACUUAUGGACCCGUAUAGGACCAUCAACUUUUUUACUCCUAAAUAGGACCAUUUUUAACUCUUCUACCUCUUUUGCCCCUGAUUUUAUUACUUUGAAUCCGAUUAGACAUGAUAAUGCCAGGACCACUCCUUGUGUUCUUUCUCUCAUCUCUCAUCCAGGUAGUUCUUCUCCGGAGCGGAACGGCAACCCAUGAGCAAGAGGGCGUUCGGCGGCGGAGCACAUGACGGACUAAACUCUGAAUUUCGAUCCUCCUCGUUUCUAGAGUUUACUGCUGGAUUUUGGUUUUGUUGCAAGACCAAAUCAUGACUCUUAGAGAAUAAGACACUCAAAGAGUCGUUACCUUCCUCAUCUUUGCUUUCUGUAUUUUUCACCUCUCCAGCGUCGUUGUUUUUCUCCUCUUCGUCUGAAGUGAUGUCGUCAACGGCGCAGGACGGCAAUAAGCUGAAAUACCGGAAAACGAAUCUGUUGUAGUUAUUGACAUUGAUAUGACAUUGUUAUUUUCGCUAUGUCAAAAUUAUAGCAUUGACAUUAUCAUGACAUUGUGAUUAUUACAAUGACAUUGUGAUGUUUUUCAGAGGCAUAGGGAGAGUUGGGAUAAGGGAGUUCCGAUAAGUGGGAAGUGCUGGUCUCGGUCAAGGCAGUAGGUGUUGAUGCAUGUGGGCUGGAUAUGCUGAUUGCAUUGACAACCUUAUAUUCCACCCAUCCUCACUUGCUGCAUGAUUGAAUUCCUGAUCAUUUGUGCUAAUGUGUGGUCUGACAUUAUCGUGUUGGAUGAUAACUUCCCUGGCUGAUGCUACUGGCCACUUUGCUUUUAUGGUUGGAAUGAGCUGUGUCAGUAGCAUUUCCCUGUACACUAUUUUUGUCACUGAAAGAAUUGACUUUGUUUACAUUGUGCCUCUCGGUCUGUUCCUACUGUUUCUUGAUGCUUCCAUUCGCUCCACAAACGGCCAUAUCCCUAUUUUCCCAUUCCAUACAACUUCCCCCUCACUACCGAAAAUAGGUUUGCCCACAGCACACAGAAACAUCACCUUGGUUAUAAACCUUUUAGAUUUGUAAUGCCUGUCUGGGGGAGUCUCUCCCUCAUGAAUGUACCAUCUUGUCAUCAUUUUGCUUAAGUUAAACCACUUCUCAUCGAUGUGAAUAAAAUGGUCAAACCCUUGAAAUGUGGGAGUGUGUGGUAAGGAAGCUGGAAUUAAGUGAUAAAGGCAGAAUUGACAUAUGGAAUUCUGUGAAAUGUACUUUUAGACAUUUUUAGGGCAUGCGAGGUUGACCUAAAGUUAAUCCUUUUGCUCAAAGGAAUGUCCUUAAAACUUUGAGGGGGUACAGUCACCCUUUAUCUUCCAACAUGUCCAGUGAGCUUGUGAGUUACAUCUAGGCUUUGUCCAUUCUGUAACUGUUGCUUUACAAUCUGCCAUAUUCUGGACAUUGCAUGUCUGAACACCUUAAAAAUAUCUGCACCGUUGUUGCUUACACCACGUUGAAGUCACUCAAAGCCAUCCACAUUCUUCACCAAAUAUUCUUUUAUUUCUUCUCUUUCCUGGUUUAAUCUGUUAGUCUUGAUCUCUGUGCAGGGAAAUGGACAAGGGCAGUUGCAGGUGUAGGUGGAGGAGGUCGAGGAGGUGAUGGGGCCAAGUUAGAGCUUGAGGCAGCCAUUAAUGGUGGUAGCUGAAAGUAGAUGAAGUCAUCUUCGUCCAAAAGGUUGAAUGCCCAACCCCAAGGCUCCCCAUCCCGACCCGACAGGAUGGUGGGGAGGUUAAUCACGGUGACUCAAUCAGUAAAGCAGCAGUAGGCCUUUACCCGCGCCCACAAGAGGGCUAGCCUUAUUUCAGGUUAUGAAAAACCCCUUUUGGCCGCUGCGGGAUUCGAACCUUGGUCUACGUCCAAUUUUUUCCACCGCUCGACCAACUGAGCUACUCGUGCGGAUUAGAUGAAGUAAUCUUAAAUGUGCUGAAUGGUGUUGUAUUUAUAAGGCUGAGGUUGUAAUUUUGAAGGUGUAAUUUUAGAGGUUUAAUUUUUGAGUUCCCUCCCUUUUUUGGUCGAACAAACCAUAUUUAGGAGGGAAGCUACAAGGCUAUUUCUCCAGCCGUAAGGAUGUGAUGUUGAAGUACAAUUGUGAAUAGUUAUGAAAUCGUUAAACAUGUCAAUUUGAUUUCUCAAAGUUAGCCAUUGUAAAAAUUUGUUAAAGCUAGUUGCUAAAGGGUAUAUAUGCACUUUUAUCUCA